CAAAAAUCAAAUUUCAUCUCUUCUUGCUUGGUCUUUCUGUUUGUCAGUUCAGUUGCUGAAAUUAGAUUAAGUUUAAGGAAUCAUGGAUGAUUUGCCAUUUUCGUGGUACAACCUACAUGACCAUGAUAAUCAUGAAGAACAAAGCUUCAAUUUUGAUUCAGAAAGUUUGUUCUUAAACCAAAUCCAUGAUCAGUUAGCACCUACGGAUUGGGGUGAUGAAGCCAUGGCAGCUGAUUUGGCGUCCAGUAAUAGCUUGAAAGAGAUGAAGAAUGAGAUUUCCAUCUCAACAACUGCCAAUCCUACUACCACGGUGAUAGCUACAGCCACGUCUAUAGAAUGCUUACUUUCCGGCACGAAUGGCAGUACAGACGCAUCAGAUGAGAUUUUCUCAGAUGGCAAGAGUUUAUGGCGUGACAACAUUGUCACCGGAAAUAAUAACGUGAGUGGCGUGUCGUCCGGUGAUUCCGUCACGGACGAUGGUGCUAUUUCUCAAUGCACAUCCGGAAAACUGCCGAUCUGUGGCGUGGAUGCCGCACCAAAGCCUAAAAGAUACAGAUCGAAUGUGGGUCGAUCCACAUCGUCGAAUAUCAACUUCCAGCAACCGGGAAAUUCAUCGGAAACUGAUAUGGAGGCGAUCGCGCAGAUGAAGGAGAUGAUAUACAGAGAAGCAGCGUUCAGGCCGGUGAAUUUCACGGCGGAGACGGUGGUGGAUAAACCAAAAAGAAAGAAUGUGAGGAUAUCAAGUGACCCACAGACGGUGGCGGCAAGGCAGCGACGGGAAAGGGUGAGUGAAAGAAUUAGGGCAUUGCAGAAACUGGUUCCUGGUGGAAACAAAAUGGACACAGCCUCCAUGCUUGAUGAAGCAGCAAAUUAUCUCAAGUUCUUGAGGUCACAAGUGAAAGCAUUGGAACAGAAUAGUACAACAAUCACUGCAAAUAGUAUAAGUCCAAUCAUUACUCACCCUUCAAUGGGUAUACCUUCCCCUUAUCAAAACGCAUUUUCCAUGCAACUCCGUUUUCCAUUUCCUCAUGAAAACUUGUACCCUAGUCCACCUCCAGAAUGAGAAAUUAAAAAUACAGGUAGUGCAGAAUAGUACAACCAUCAAUGCAAGUGUUUCAACUCCAAUCAUUCAUCAUGCUUUAAUGGUUGUACCUUAAUUUACUAGAAAACCAUUUUCCAUCUUCUCGUGUAGUGUAAACUUGUAUCCUAAUUCAUCGUGAUCAGCAUAAGCGAAUGCUGGUAGUGCAGAAUGGUACAACCAUCAAUGCAAGUUGUACAAGUCCUAUGAGCAGAAACAAUCAGGCUCAUGCAUGCUUUAAUGGUUAUACCUUCUACUUUUUCCCACUUUAUAUGCAUAAAAACUUGUACCUAACCCACCAAAGAAGUAUAAAGAAACCCUAGCUAGUUAGUUAACACUUAAGACUUAAGAGUUAACACCAGAGCCAACCUAAUGAUCAUCAAAUCAUCAUAUAUGGAUGAUAA